UGAGACCUCCCUAAUUUCCAGAUCCACGAUUUCCCCAGUUCCCAGAUCCAGCACCCCCCAAUUCCCCAAAUCCGGGACCUCCCUAAUUCCCGGGUCUGGGAUUUCCCGGUUCCCAAACCCUGGAAUUCCCCGGCGCCAUUGUGGUCGCUCUGUGUCCCCUCGUGCCCGCAGGAUCGGGGUCGGGAUCGGGAUCGGCUCCAUGGACACGUUCCAGUCUCCCACCCCCUCAUCCCGCCGGGACAAAGCGGAUGCCGGCCCCGCCUCCAUCACCAUCCCGGCCUCUCCCUUCAUGCAGAAGUUGGGAUUCGGCACCGGAGUCAGCGUGUACCUGAUGAAAAGGUCUCCGCGGGGAUUAUCCCGCUCUCCGUGGGCCGUGAAGAAAAUCAGUUCCAGCUGUUCCCAGAGCCAGCGGAGCCUCUUCCAGCAGAGGCUCCGGGAAGAGGCCCAGAAACUCCGGAACCUGCAGCAUCCCAACAUCGUCGGUGGGAACUCCCCGGGAAUGGAGCGGGUGGAUUCCCAUCCCAUCAAUCCCAUUCCCGUUGAUCCUAUUCCCAUCCCAUGGAUCCCCUUCCCAUUGCCAUGGAUCCUGUUCCCGCUGAUUCCGUCCUUGUUCCCAUGGAUCUCAUUCCCACAGCUCCCAUUCCCAUGGAUCCCAUGGAUUCCGCAGUACCUGCACACGGAGCAGCGGCUGCUGCACGGCGACAUCAAAUCCCCCAACGUGGUCGUGCGCGGCGCCUUCGACGCCGUCAAGAUCUGCGACGUCGGAGUGUCCCUGCCCCUGGACGAGAACCUGGCAGUGAGCGAUCCCGAGCUGUGCUACGUGGGCACGGAGCCCUGGAAGCCGCCGGAGGCGCUGGAUCCGGACGGGAUCAUCUCGGACAGAUCCGACAUUUUCCCCUUCGGCCUCACCCUGUGGGAGAUGCUGGCGCUGAACAUCCCGCACCUGCCCCUGUCCGAGAGCGGCUCCGAAGCCCCGGAGGCGCUUGAUCCGUCCCAGGAAUCCGUGCGGGAAUUGUUCGGGGCCUGCACGGCCCGGGAGCCCCGGCAGCGCCCGGCGGCCGCGCGGAUCGUGCAGGCGCUGGAGGGAAACCUGCAGCCAUGAGCGCUCCCGGAAUUCCAGAGUAUUCCCGGAAUUCCGGAGCCCUGGAGGGAAACCUGCAGCCAUGAGCGCUCCCGGAAUUCCAGAGUAUUCCCGGAAUUCCGGAGCCCUGGAGGGAAACCUGCAGCCAUGAGCGCUCCCGGAAUUCCAGAGUAUUCCCGGAAUUCCGGAGCCCUGGAGGGAAACCUGCAGCCAUGAGCGCUCCCGGAAUUCCAGAGUAUUCCCGGAAUUCCGGAGCCCUGGAGGGAAACCUGCAGCCAUGAGCGCUCCCGGAAUUCCAGAGUAUUCCCGGAAUUCCGGAGCCCUGGAGGGAAACCUGCAGCCAUGAGCGCUCCCGGAAUUCCAGAGUAUUCCCGGAAUUCCGGAGCCCUGGAGGGAAACCUGCAGCCAUGAGCGCUCCCGGAAUUCCAGAGUAUUCCCGGAAUUCCGGAGCCCUGGGGGGAAACCUGCAGCCAUGAGCACUCCCGGAAUUCCAGAACCCAGGCAUUCCUGGAUUUCCUGAGCCCUGAGCAUUCCUGGAUUUCCAGAGUCCUGGCAUUCCCAGAAUUCUGCAGCCCUGAGCAUUUCUGGAAACCUGCAGCCCUGAGCAUUCCCAGCAUUCUGGAGUCGUGGCAUUCCCAGGUUUCCAGAGCCCCUGAGCAUUCCUGGAUUUCCAGAGCCCUGGCAUUCCUGGAAUUCCAGAACCCCUCGAUUUCCAGAGCCCCGAGCAUUCCCAGAUUUCUGGAGCCAUGGCAUUCCCGAAUUUCCAGCAGGACGUGGCUCCAGGAUCGGGAGGAGCCGUUCCCGGUUCUGUGGAACGGCUGGAAUUGUGUCCAUCCCAUCCCUUGGCUUUUGGGUUGGAUUUUCCCAAGUUUUUUAGGUCAGAUUGUCCCAAGUUUGGAGUUGGAAUUUCCCUCUUUUCUGGGUUGGAAUUUCCUUAUUUGAAGUUAUAUUUUCCCAAUUUUUUUAGGGUUGGCUUUUCCCUCCGGGGUUUGGGUUUUCCAAAGUUUUUUGCUGGAUUUUCCCUUUUCUAGGUCAGAUUUUUCCCUCAUUUUCGAGUUGGAUUUUCCUUCUUUUUUGGACUGAAACUUCCUGAGUUUUCUCACUGGAUUUUCCCUCUCCUUGCCUUCAAUCUUCCCUCUUUGUUUGAGCUGGAUUUUCCCUGUUUUUCCCAGUUUUCAGGCUGGAUUUCCUCUCUUUGGAGUUGGAAUUUGCAUUUCUUUUUGGUUGGAAUUUCCCACUUUUUCAAGUGGGAAUCUCCCAAGUUUGGGAUCGGGUUUUCCUUCUUUUUUUGGGCUGGAAUUUCCCAAGUUCAGAUUGGAUUUUCCCCCUUUUUGAGCUGGAAUUUCCAUUUCUUUUCGGUUGGAAUUUCCUUCUUUUUGGAGUUGGAUUUUCCCAAGUUUUCC